CAAUACAUUCGUCUCUUCUGACUACCCUUUKAAUUUUUCCAAUUGCAAUCAUGAAGUUCGCCCUCGUCCUCCUCCUUGUUGCCCUUGCCGCCGUCAACGGUUUCGCUCCUGCUUCCCAGGCUCGUGCAGGAACCGCCCUCAACSAAUCCUUGUUCGAUGCCAUCGCUAACAUGGAUCUCUUCGCCCCUAAGGCCGACCAAAACACCUACGGAGCCCGAGACAAGAAGAACGUAAGUAUCGCAAGGAAUGCAGAGAAUAUAUUCCAACUGCAACUUCGAAAAGACACCUAUCACCAUGACGAAUUCAAGACUUUCUUGAAUGACAUUGUGUCGAUAUACUCAACGUUKAUCGCAUUCUAAUAAUUUGCCUUUUUGCGAUGAAUUCUACAGUUGAAGGUUGGUGAAAUCACAAACAAGUCUUACGUCCCUUCGGGCUUGAGCGCCGCCCAAUACAGCAACAUCCGUUCURCUGAAKCCAAGAAGAAGGCAGACAACUACAAGAGAAAUGUUGCCAAGGCUGGUGUCUUCGAGGACUACACUGAGUUCUACACCAAGCGUGGAACCGACACCAAGCAAGCAUGGGCCAAGGAUGUCAAUCUUGGACACAGAAUGGCCAAGACCAAGUUCGAUUGGUCUGGAAAGAAGGUCCAAGCCACCACAACCGCYGCUGUUAAGGCUGCCGCCCCCAAGAAGGGACGAUUCGGAAAGAAGAAAUAAGCACCAUAUUCWUUGCUAAUGCUUUUUACGGACGGGACCAAUCGAUGACAUGACUCUUCUUAAUUUGAUGGCUUCAGCAACAUACACACGCCAGCAGUCAAGUAAAGAAUAAAUGCUUGCAACUGUAGCGAGUUGGACGUCAUUCAUUCCGACAAUAGAUGAUAAUUUUUUAA